AUGCCGUCUUACCACCUCGACCAAUUCGCUGGCCUGGACGAGAUGAUGUGCAAGAAAUUACUGAGUCUGGACCUGAGGGAGCAGGACAGCCCACUGUCAUCACUCAGCCUAGCAAUGAAGACACCGGGCUACAUUGGACGACAACGUAGCUGCGACACGUCCUUGUCUCUUGACAUCAGCCCACCAGACAAUGUCUAUCUGUCCUCUUCUAUUUGGGGGCAAAGGCCAGAGAAGCACCAGGCUUGUGUUCCUCCCAGUUCUAGCCAGUGGCGAAAGCAACACUUCCUGUCACAGCGCUCAUUCAGUAUGGUUGAGACGUGCAGAGCGACAGCAGCAAAUCUGGGCUGGCCUGAUUCAGAUGUGAAGGACCCUCAAGAAGGCUUCAGCCCCACCCUGCUGAACACCAACAUGUCAUCCACCUCUGCCACUUCUUCCACCCGCUACAAAACAGAACUAUGCCGUUCCUUCACAGAGAACGGUAUGUGCAAGUAUGGUGGGAAGUGCCAAUUCGCCCACGGGCCCGAGGAGCUGCGAGAUCUCAGCAGGCAUCCAAAGUACAAAACUGAACCAUGCCGCACCUUCCACACCAUAGGCUUCUGUCCUUAUGGGAUCCGCUGCCACUUUGUCCACAACAACGAGGAGGAGAAAAAUCACUUGCGCAGCUCCUCUGCCUCUUCAGGCUUUGCACCCCUGUCUCUUCCUUCCUCACGCUCUCACAGAAUCCCACUUAUCAGACAGAGCGUCAGCUUUGCAGGGUUUCCCUCAGCUUCCCAGCAAAGCCUUGCUUCUCAUCCCCCCACUGCAUCUUACUCACGAGCGCCAUCUGCUUCUCCCCCUUGUGCUGAUAUCACCGAUCUCCUCUCUAGCGUCUUCUUGGAGAUGGACUCGCCUACCUUUGAGGCCUCGCCUAACCCUCAGUACCAACCCCCUACUGCUGCAGAUCAACACCCUCCUUUCCUCCCCUCCCCGGACUCUGGCUGUUCCCCUUCUGGUCUUUCUCCCUCUGCAUCCCCAUCCCUGAGGCAGAGCCCUGGAGUUUCUGCGUUCUUUUCACAGUCACUCGACACAAGAUCCCUGUCCUAUACCUCUCUUUCAGAUCAGGACCAGGAUGGGAGCAGCUCUGCUAGCUCGCUUAGCGGAUUGGAGUCCUGCAGCGGCAUGAAUGACGGGAAACGCCUCGCCGUAUUUAGUCAGCUCUCUGUUCCUGAGGACGCUGCUGGGAUCUGCCUUUAG